AUGGCGACACAAUUGGCUGCCGAUUCGGCCAAGACAUUGAUCCUCAUGCCGGUCCCAGUGCUUCGUUCUGACUACGUUGCACAUGGCGAGGAUCCAACCAACAAUUUGGAAUCCAUCAAGGGCUCUCAUGGAGAAAUAAAAUUCAAUUACAGGGCGCCUUAUUGCGGAGGCCAACUUGGCCCGCGAGAAAUCAUCCCACAGGCCAUCCACUGUGUGGAUGUCAUUGACAACUUGCCCAAUCUCAAUAACAUUGGCAAGGUUGUAGCCUUCAAGGCUUCCCUGUACGGAACAGCUUUGGAAAAUGCGGAAUUGGCACUUACCAAAGCUAGGACCGCCCUGGAAAAUACCGACAACAACGUAGCCCAGAACCCGGAAAAUACAAUCCGCUACGGGAACUUUCGGAGCUACAUGCAACUCUACGGAGCACAGUUUGGAUCACCUGAUGAUGCCCUGAAUCAAAAGGAUGGAGUUAAACUCCUCAAAAAGCCAACAAAAUGCCCUGUCGAUCAGUGGCACACCAUUCUUUUCAAGAAAAACAAGGCACUUGCAUACUGCCAAGGCCAUAUCAACUGGGAUAAAGAAGCCACAGUACAGAUUCCCCUGUACACAGUCCAGGAAAUGAUAUCCAUUUUCUUGGGCUCCUUCCCUUUGGAAUGGCGCAACAAGCUUCUCGACCAGAAUGGAGUCGAUGUCAAGACCCUUAAGGUCCCAACCAUUUUGGCCCACAUGAAAAAAAUGGAGGCUAACUCCAUUGCAGCACAGGCUGCCAACACAGCCAAACAGAUGGCUGAAGGAAAAAACAAACGCCAAUACGACAAGACUUGA